UUUGGCUAAAUUAAUCGCACAAACGUCGUUGCCGCGCAGAAGAAACUCGUUCGUAGCUCGGAGAGCAAUACAGUCGACCGUCUUAUCAUCACUGUCAACGGCAUCAGCAAUAGUAGCCAGAAUCUUUGCAGCCUUGAGCGUUUAGAUAAGAUGUCUUUAAUACGUUCUCUGAGCACGGUUCUAGGAAAGAGGGUAUCAUUUGUGCGGUUUGUCCAAUCGGCAAAGUGCGUUUCGUCGGAUGCCGCUGCUAAUAAUGCACGCGCCGGAGGUAGCCUGUUGCACGCAAAGUUCCCUGGAGCCCUGGAAGCCUCCUUCGUGACGGCACCAAAGCUUUCGCUCCCGGCGGACAUCGAACCGAUUCCGAUAUAUCGCGUGAUGAACAGCGAAGGUGCGGUAGAGGAUCCGACGCAAGAUCCCAACCUCGAUCAGGCAACCGUGCGAAAGAUGUUCCGCGAUAUGGUGUUGCUCAACACCAUGGAUAAAAUCCUGUACGAAUCACAGCGUCAGGGCCGCAUCUCGUUCUACAUGACCAACUUCGGCGAAGAAGCAAGCCAUAUCGGCAGUGCAGCCGCCCUCAGCCCGGAGGACUGGGUGUACGGGCAGUAUCGUGAGGCUGGAGUAUUGGUAUGGCGCGGUUUUACCAUCUCCGAUUUCAUCAACCAGUGCUAUGGCAACGCGGAAGAUCAAGGAAAGGGUCGUCAGAUGCCGGUACACUAUGGAUCGCGUAAGCUCAAUUUUGUGACCAUCUCCUCGCCACUGGCCACGCAAAUACCGCAGGCGGCAGGAGCGGCUUACGCGUUUAAGCUGCAGCCGAACAACCAACGGUGCGUGAUUACGUACUUCGGUGAGGGAGCAGCCUCGGAGGGUGACACCCAUGCGGCGUUCAACUUUGCGGCUACCCUCGACUGUCCGGUGAUAUUUUUCUGUCGCAACAAUGGAUUUGCUAUUUCCACGCCAUCGAAGGAGCAGUACAGAGGGGACGGCAUUGCCGGACGGGCGGCCGGGUACGGUAUGGCGGCACUUCGUUUCGAUGGUACGGACGUAUUUGCGACGUACAACGCAACGAAGUUGGCUCGCGAAUACGUGCUACGUGAGAACAAACCAAUCGUGCUGGAAGCGAUGGCAUACCGCAUCGGGCACCACUCGACGUCGGACGAUAGUACCGCGUACCGACCGGCGGAGGAACUGGAGGUAUGGAACACGGUCGAGCAUCCGAUCACCAAGCUCAAGCACUACAUGGUCCAACGCGGGUGGUUUAACGAGGGGGAGGAAAAUGAGUUCGUGAAAUCCGUCCGCAAGCAGGUCCUGUCGCAGAUUAAUCAAUCAGAGCGAAUUCCCAAACCGGACUGGCGUGAAAUGUUCCAGGACGUGUACACGGAAAUGCCCGCGCACCUCAAAGAACAACUGCGUGAAAUGGAGAAGCACGUCGAAGAGCACCGGGACCAUUAUCCGCUGAAGGACUUCAAACAAUAAUCGAACGGGUUUUACUUCCCUACUUAUUGUCUUCCCAUUCCAGAACCUCGUUCACUAAAG